GUGAGUAGGACCUUCUUUGACACGUAUAUCCUCCGAUUUCUUGUGUGCAUCUUCUUCCUGUCAUCCUCCUAGUAUUCAUUCUCAUCAUGGCAUGGCCGUGCAUCACGCGUGCAUGCUGCAUCAACCGCUUCUGGACCGAGCUGGACAAAGCGGACAUAGCUGUGCCUUUGGUUUUCACCAAAUACUCGGAUGUGGCCGAUGUGCAGCAUCUUCCCCAUCACCCACAGCCGAGGCAGAAGAGGGCCGGCGCCAUUGCCAUAGAAACCGAGCCCCAUCCUGGCGGUGGCGAGCAGCAGGAGGCAGGGAAGGCACCGCCCGCGACGGGUGCCGCAGCGGGCAAAGAUGGCUCUACUGCGUCCGUCAUGCGCCAAGACUUCAAGGCGUGGAGAGUGCGCCCCGAGCCCAGCUGCAAACCCAGGAACGAGUACCAGCGUUCAGCGGCGCCGUUCAAUAACGAAACGCAAUAUCAGAAGGACUACAAGCCCUGGCCUAUACCGAAGAAGCACGACCACCCCUGGAUCCCCAAACCUAGCCCCACCGCCACCUCCUCUGGGGUCCCAGAGCGGAGCAGUAAGAUGGAGCACACCGAGGCCGAGAGCGGAGUGGAGAAGAGCGAGAUAGAGGAGAAAAUUCAAGAGAAGGAAGCAAAGGAGGUGCCGAAGAAGAGCGUGGAGAGAGAAAGGUCAGCAGAGAGGCAAAGUGGAGAGAAGACGGAGGGACAAGUUUCUGCAGAUGCAAUACGCGCCGAGCAGAGGAAAGGUAGAGCAGCUGCAGACGCGUUAAACAGGCAGAUCAAAGAGGUGAUGUCAACUUCCAGCAGCUACAGGACCGAGUUUAAAGCGUAUAAGGAUGUGAAACCAGUGAAGCCCAUUAAAGCUCCAUCCCAAUAUAAACCACCGGCAGAGGAGACCAGCCUGGAGACCAGCUAUAGUGCCACAUAUAAAGGGGAGCAGGUGAAGGCUCAGCCCGCUGACAACAAGAUGAUGGAGCGCAGGAGGAUACGCAGUCUGUACAGUGAGCCCGGCAAGGAGCCCAUCAAGUUGGAUAAACCCGUAUCUCGCACCAAACCAAAAAAGACCCCAACAACAGCAGGGAAGGUAGUGAAAAAAUCAAAAGAGAAGAUGCUUGCUAGUUCCCAGUCAGCCAAGAAGAAACCAUCUUUGGGUGCUGCAGAAGCCAAACCAGAGGGAGUGGUGACGAAGAAGAGCAAAGAAAUCAGCAACAGACUGGCUGAGGCGAAGCAUUAGAAGUACUUCACAGCACCACUUCAAUGUGUGUGAUCGAAGGCUGAUGAUGAAUACGUCACAUUACUUCCCUUUGGUUUGUUUCCUGACCUGUGGUUUUGCUGACUUGACAUAUAAUGUUCACCUUUGAAUGGGCACUGAUGUUAAGCUUUUAGAAAAAUGCAAAUAAUUUCACUGUAAAUGUUGUGAGUGAAUGUGUGUGGGUGUGGAUGUGUGAUUCCUCGUAUUUUGAUGCACAGAAUCGCUUUACAUUAUUGAGCACAUAAUUUGCACAUUAUUUUUAUGAGUUGGCAUCUACCUAUAAAAAAGAGCCAUCUGUACACAUGUCGUGUGUUUGAGAGGGCAUUUCUACCUUUGUCUGAAUGGAUGAGGAUUCAGAUUAACUUUAAAAUGAUUGUAUCAAAUGUCAAGGGGACGCUUCUUCCUCUCAGACUGUCACAUGAGAGGUUUUGUUAGAGUACAAAAUCUGUUUUGCGUUUCCUAGUUACGGUGCCUCUGCUGUAUGGUCCUGGUUUUCAUUUCGUUGUUCUGGAUGAUAUCUGGUUUCAUCAGUUUGGUUGCUAAGAAACCAAAUGAUCUGUAAUAUAAUUGCUUGCAUGCAGGACCCUGUUUUUGGUUGAGUAGCAACAUUUAAGCCGACUAUUUGUCACAGUCACAUUUAAGCUUGUAAAUUGAGCCUAUAAAGAUAAAUGUAGAGGGGCAAGACCCUUUCAAAUAUAAUGCAUGUGUAGUUCUAGAUCCUGGUCACACUUAAAAACUAAAUACUGAGUAAAAUCAUAGUCUAGUGGCUGUUAAAGCUAUAACACAAUCACACCAGCAAUAUGGUUUCAACCACAAAAAUAUUUCUUGCAAUCUAAGAGGAAAUCAUCUCCUUUGAUUUAAAGAGAACACUGCAGAUUUUCCAAUGACUCAGUACUUUGUGACGUUGCACUCCAUCUUUCCUCUGAGCUGUGAUGAUGUUAUUGUGCUAAAUGAGAACAGUGAUGCAUAUUAGCCCAUAAUUGAUUGUAUUUACUCAGUAAUAUCCUCUCUGAAUGGGCUGAUCUCUCCAGGUGUUGAAGGACAAGGAAUGGGCCAGGACUCGUCGUUCAGCUUUUUUAAAAAUGCUGCUGUCUGAAAAUGCGCAAACCACAUCUGUUCACCGUGAGCGUGACAUGAGGUGUUUUUACUAAAAUGUCAUCAAAGCCUUCCCUCUCUGAUUGUCAACACACUCGUCUGUCGUGAUGCCCGUAGCGGCCAGCGUGGCUGCAGUGUGUGAGAGCGUUACCCACUGUUAGUCUGCUUCCAGUUUUAGCCUCUGUGUGAGUGAGUGGGAGAAUUUUUGUGUCUGACCUCUACAGCCUGCUGCCUGCUAGCAUCAAGUCUGACCCGACCACUAGACGUGCUGCUAUGCACUCCAACACCCUGGUGCUAUAUCUCUCUUGUUGUAUAUGCUGUCUGGUUCAGACUGUGUGUGGUGUCAGGCCACAGUGGAGUGAUUUUAUGACGAUGUCAUACUGCUGCAGACAUGUUGUGAUAUUGUGCUUGUACUCUCAGCUUGCUCUGAAUGAACUCUGAUUAAAAUGAUG